AAAAAGAAAAUUCUUGUUGAAGAGAUUCUCCCUGAGGCAGUUAAACUGCACGAGGAACGGCUUUUUGUGGAGCGUUUGAAGGGUCCUAUUGUCUUGCCGACAUUCACCAAUAAGGAUGGUCUUUGCUCCAAGUUCACUACACCAACAGCUGCUGAUAAAAGUACUGAAAUUUCCGAUGCUGACAUGGUGCUGUAUGCUGCUGCUGUCCCAACGCCUGAGGGAACAUUCGCGUGGGCGGCAACAUGUGCGACAUUAGGUCGUAAUGGUCGUCCAGUUAUUGGGAUCAUCAAUUACGGUCCACGGUAUAUUGUGGCCACACCACAGCGUGUCCGCGUUGCUGCUCACGAGAUUGCCCAUGCGCUUGGAUUCAAUUUCGAGCUGAUGGAAAGAAAAGAAUUGGGUGGUAAAGCUGAUUCUUUGCGUGAUACGGCAGAUGUAUAUGUUGUGUCUUCAAAUAACACACGAAGAGAGGCCAUGAAACAUUAUAACUGUGAUUCUGCAGAAGGCAUGGAACUACAAGGUGUAGCAUUUGUACAGAUACGAAAACCAAGCGAGACAGAGGUCGCUCAAAGAAGUGGCGCACAGCCAUCAACAUUAACCCCAAAAGGAUCAACCAUCCUCGCCCAGGUUGCAAGUGUACGAGAGGAAUAUGAAUUGGGAGAAUCACACAGUAAUGUUGUUGAUGGUCGUUUGACAGGGAAGGUGUCUGUUGGCAAUGUUGUGCAAGAGAGACGUGGAGAAGAGGGUUCCAGUGCUGCCAAGUUUACACAGAAUGUACAUCAUUCAUCAAAUGUCUUGUCGAAAAGACGUUCACUACACGUUCAAGCUGCAGUGGCCGCAUCUGAUUCGAGCGAAUGCACUGAUAAGAAGCAAGUGGAGACUGCGACGGGUAGUAUAAUGUGUAUUGUUCAGGCACCAAUGUUUAUUCCAAAGCACAAAGGUAAGAUGACACGGUCCCACUGGAGUCGUCGUAUUGCAAAGGACGAGUUAAUGGCUGACCUUGUUGGUGCUGGGUACUACACCGCACUCACAUUGGGCGCUUUCGCUGAUCUGGGCUACUACAAAGUUAAUUGGACAAUGGAAGAGCAGAUGAGUUGGGGCAAUAACUCUAAGUGUGAAUUUUUGAAUAAUAAGUGCGUUAACAGCGGGGAAACCAACUUCCCCAACAUGUUCUGCACAACCAAGAGCGGUGAUAUCCCUGACACUCCUGCAGGACUACAGUGCACAUCUGACCGCCAGUCGCUGGGGAGGUGCAGCAGCAUUGGAGCAAAAACAGUUGAGGAUCUUCCGAAGCAGUUUCAAUACUUUUCAGAGGACACGAAAAGGGUUGGUUCAGAUUCAUCUGAACAUAUGGAUUACUGUCCGUUUAUUAAGGCAUUACCGCAAAAGAGCUGCAUCAAUGGUGAGCAGAGCCAAAUGCCUGAAAGUGUAAUUGCGAACAACUCACGUUGUGUGGAGGGUGGGGAUCUAAAGACUAUCAAAGAUGAAGCAGCAGUUGGUGCCGUGUGUGUGGAGGUGUCUUGCAAGUUCAAAAAGGUAAGUCUGCGAUACAGUGGAAACGAUAAGUGGUACAGUUGUCAUGAAGGAGAAAAUCUAACUGUAAAGGGGGAUGUGCUGAAAGGUAAAAUUGUGUGCCCUAAAUACGCUGAUGUGUGCAAUACAAUCAACAAAACUCUGGAUGAAUCACAAGGUCCACAAAAAGACCCAGACGUUGUUGAAGAAGUUCAAACACGUCAACCAGAAGUUGAGACAACGCCUACGCUGUCGGUUGGUACUCAAGCCGCUGCUGAGGCCACUGGAACCGCAAAACCAAAUGAAAAUGAUGGAAACUUCGGAGUUUCUCUACCGGUGGUACAAAAUGAGGCAAGUACGACUAAAGAAUCAAACCCCAGUGAAACUAAGGAAGAAAACAUUACCUCAUUUUUGAAUGGGCAGAAUAAUAAUAUUGUUGCGAAAAAAGGCAUUGAUGGUUCUCUUAAAACUUAUGUUUUCGCGAGUGUUAUGUUUGUUUUCUUGACACUUUCUAUGAUAAUGUUGCCGUGA